UUAUAUAUAUGUAAAGUUGUGAUUGUCCCUUUCUGCUCCGUGGACUUUCCACUGAAUUCCAAGACAGCACGAAAUCCCCACAAAACCAGAUACAUGAAACCAAAGAAAAAGGGCUCCCCCUGACGCAGAUACAGAUGCAGAUCCUCUUGAGAUAUUUCUCAUUUUUGGCCUCACCAUAGGAGUUUCUUCUAAAGCUAUAAACACUAACAGUACAAGAAGAUAAGAGAGGACAAUAAAAACUUAGCAGCUUUGUUUCUCUCCAAUGGCAGGGAAACAAGUUUCCUCUGCUACAAAACCAGCACCUCCGCCGCCAGCACGCCCCACAAUUUCUCUCCCGCCGAGGCCUUCUAUGGAUACCCUUUUCACUGGGGGACUCAGCCCUGGCCCCAUGACUCUUGUCUCUUCUUUCUUCUCUGACAACUAUCCAGACUCUGAUUGCCGCUCCUUCUCUCAGUUACUCGCUGGCGCCAUGGCUUCUCCAAUUGCUAGGCCUGCCUUUUUCACUGACAUCUCUGUUCCCAAUAAUAAUAAUACUUCUUCUGUGAAGCAGGAUGGGGCGGAGAAUAGUAGUAAUUUGGGGUUUAAGCAGAGUAGGCCUGUGAAUUUGGUGGUGGCUCCUUCUCCAUUCUUUACUGUCCCUCCUGGGUUGAGCCCUUCUGGUUUGCUAAACUCGCCUGGGUUCUUUUCUCCUCCUCAGAGUCCAUUUGGAAUGUCCCACCAACAAGCCUUGGCACAGGUUACUGCUCAAGCUGCAGUAGCAGCUCAAUCUCAUAUGCACUUGCAAGCUCAAUAUCAACCUGCUCCUGUAGCAGCUUCCACAGAAAUAUUAAUGCCCCAUCCAUCCUUUACUACUGGUGAAGCUUCACAGCAGCAGCAGAUGCUACCCUCAACCUCAGAACCCCCUAGUUCCAUGGCGGAAUCAUCAGGUCUCUCUCAUUCAGAUAGGAAUCAGCAGCCUCCUAUCCCUGUUGAUAAACCAAGUGAUGAUGGCUACAACUGGCGCAAAUAUGGGCAGAAGCCAAUUAAGGGUUGUGAAUGUCCUCGAAGCUAUUACAAGUGUACACAUCUGAAUUGCCUUGUCAAAAAAAAGGUCGGGCGUUCUAGUGAUGGCCAGAUAACUGAGAUCAUCUAUAAAGGCCUGCACAACCAUGAGCAGCCUCAACCUAAUAAGCGUGCAAAAGAUAAUAGUGACAUAAAUGGAGGUAUACAUCCUCAGGCGAAGCCUGAACUUAGUUCCCAAGAUCUAGCUGGUAAUUCAAACAAGUUGAAAGAAACAAUUCCAAUUCAUUCAGUGCCUGGGAGGGAGCAGGAAUCUACUCAAGUAGAUCCCAUAGAACUGUCUGGAUCAAGUGACAGUGAGGAAGCAGCUGAUGGAGCAAGAAGAGCAGAAGAAGGGGAUGAUGACGAGCCGAACCCAAAAAGAAGGCAUACAGAUGUUGAGAAAUCUGAGGCUGCUUUACCACACAAGACAGUCACAGAACCGAAAAUCAUUGUUCAGACAAGAAGUGAAGUUGAUCUUUUGGAUGAUGGAUACAGGUGGCGCAAGUAUGGCCAGAAGGUGGUCAAAGGGAAUCCCCAUCCAAGGAGCUAUUACAAAUGCACUAGUGCAGGGUGCAAUGUUCGUAAGCAUGUUGAGAGAGCUGCAGCCGACCCCAAAGCUGUCGUGACUACAUAUGAGGGAAAACAUAACCAUGAUAUUCCAGCAGCUAGAAACAGCAGCCAUAACACAGCCAACAAAAAUGCGCCACAGUUGAAACCUCAAAAGGUGGUUGCUGACAAACAUCCUUUGCUUAAAGGUAUGGACUUUGGAAACAGUGACCAAAGACCAGUACUUUUACGACUAAAAGAAGAGGAAAUUGCUGUAUAAAUACAUUCUCUGCUCAUAGCUGUUAGAGAAUAACAGUUCACAAGGAUGAUUCCAGAUAGCUAACAUGGUACAACAAAGAAGAAUGCAGAAGAAAGUAAAAUGAUUGAAAAGCUGUGGGAAUUAGCUGAAUUGGUCCUUUCUACCUCUUGACUUCUUUAAAAAAUUUGGAUAAAAUGUAGUGGUAAUAUUUACUGCAUACGUUAGCCAUUUGAGAAGGAUGCUGUGUUCAACAUGUUCUUUACAAUUAAAUUUCAUAGCAAUGCUGUAUAUUAUGGUUCACACUUGAUUGGAGAUAAUAACCAAGGUUUGAAUGUAAUUCAAGUCUUUUCAGUUCCUGGGUGUAGAGGCUGACAGGCUGUUUCCGGAUGUUCUGUUUAUGCUAAAGGUAGUGGAGAACCCAUAUUCUUAUAUAGACAAACAUGUAAUCAAUUUACAAAUUUGAGAUCCUGUUGUAUGUGAAGUGGGGAAAUUUUGCUCUAAGAGUCAAUCCACUGUUUUCAUCUUGAUGAUUCU